GAUCUUAAUUAACAUCUAAGAAGCGUGUGAGACUUGCAUCAAGAUUUCCAUGCAAGACCAGAAGUGGAAUGUCUUGUGCAGUUGAUACAGCCUGGCAUAAAAGGGGAUUUGACAGUCUUACAUCACACACGUUCUUUAUGAGCAAGGCCAAAUAUGGAAAGAAGGUAGUUAAAGCACUAGUGGGUCACCGAACAUGCGGCACAUGCAAGUGGUGGAUGAGGAAUAGACCUGGACUACCAAUCCGAAAGCACAGAUGUGUCCUAAAUCACUUCGGUAGUGCUCGGUUAAUGGAAUGUAAAAGUGGGGUUCAAGGCAUCAAGGAGCUUUCUGAGGGUGGAACUCCUGUUGAUUACCUGGAAGGAGACGGUGAUAAUACUAUGAUUGCUCAUAUCAAAUCAGACUUGAACAUUACCAUGAAAAAACGGUUUGACAGAAAUCACGUCGUGAAAAACAUAGGGAAAAGCUUAUAUGCCUUGCAAGGAAAAAAGCUCAGUAGGAGUGUGAUUAUGCACAUUCAGAAAUGUCUCAAAUAUGCAUUCGCCAAAAACCAAAGGAACAAGGAAGGACUGGAGAAAAAUCUCAAAGCGUUGAUUCCUCAUCAAUUUGGAGAUCACAGUUUAUGUUUUCCCAGAUUCUGUGGCUUCAGACGUACAUCAUCAAAUGAGAAGUAUACUCAUAAAAGUUUACCCUACAAAGCAGCUCUCAAAGAUGAUGAACUACAGUCAAAGCUGAAAAAACUGUUCAAGCCAGUUAUUGCUAAUGCUGAACAAUAUGCUGAUUUAGGCUCCAGUCAACAGUGCGAACAUGCAAAUCGCGAAGUCACAUUGAGGGCACCAAAAUCUUUGCAUUAUGGAAAUUCAGAGUCCCUGGACUUUCGUGUUGCAGCAACAACAGCCUUUAUUAAUGAAGGACGAAGCUAUGUGUCUGAGGUCAACAUGGCAGCAGGAAUUUCUCCCGGGACAUUUUCUGUAAAAUAUGCUGCUAAGCAAAUGAAGCGCAGAAAACGUGUACAACUAAAAUCCCAAUUACCCUCAACAAAAAGAAGACGUGUUACCCUGAAGCAGGAAUGUGUAAUCACACAGGGAGCCAAUGAAGUGUUAGAAGGGACCACUUAUGAGUCAGGUAUUGGGCAUACCACUAAUGUAGAUGUUGAGCAGUUACCUGAAGCAGUACCCCGUGGGAAAUUCGCGACUGUAUCAGCUGGCAAAGAAGCUACGGUUAUUACAUUUGACUUGGAGACAACAGACCUAAUACGUGGAGGAAAAAUGCCACAUAUCACACAGAUUGCAGCUUCAGAUAUGGAAACAGGAAAGGGAUUCUCAACCUAUGUACUUCCAAAAGUACCAAUCUCAACUACAGCUCAACAGGUUACUGGUAUCAUAGUUAAUAAUAGUGGUACAAUGACGGUCAAUGGGAAACAAGUUCAGCCUGAAACUGUUCAAUUUGCAGUUGACAAGUUUUGUAAAUGGCUCAGUGGGUUUCCCAAUGUAUUCCUUGUAGCGACUUAUGGAAGAAGAUUUGAUUUUCCUGUAUUUUCAUCUGCAUUGAUCAACAUCCAGUGUGAAGCACAAUUUUUCAACUGUGUAUCAGGUCUUAUUGAUAGCCUACCUGUCUUCAAGAAGGCCUUUCCUGGACAAUCGUCAUACAAGCAAGAAGAAUUAGCCAAGACCUUUUUGCACUCAUCAUAUGAAGCACACAAUGCCAUAGAAGAUGUAAAGGUCCUUGGUAAGCUAGUAUCUCACACAAAGAUGAAAAUUCAGGAACUUGCUAGGUUCAGUUUCCCACCAUCAGCAGUCCACAAUCUACUUCUCUUCAACAAAGAAAAGGCCAAACAUAUCAAAACACUCCAUUCUCUCUUAGCCCAAGGUGUCAUGAAAAUGUCAAUUGCCGAGAAAAUUGCCGGAUCAGGACUGAAUCUGGGUCACCUGCGCAAAAUUUUUCAGCGUGAUGGAGAAGAUGGUCUUCGCAAUACUUUUACAUAUAAAAACUCUGAGGGACAGCCACGUGUGACAGAUGUAAAGAAAACCCUUGACAAUGUCAUUCCGAAAUUAGUGCUCUUUCUCAACAAGGACUAAACCAAGCAACAGAUGGUUUGU